AUUACUUCAUAACUACUGUGAUCCGAGUCUAGUCUAGUUUAAUAUUGUCAAUUUUUAAAAUUAUUGUUGGACACUUCUAAAAUUGUCCAAUUAAAAUUUAACAAUUAAACUAAUUGAAAAUUUUGAUCAACUUUCCCUUUCAAUUAUCCUUUAAAUCAUAAAAGAGCUUCAAGCAAGGCGCCUUAUAAGCUUCAGUCAUUCAACACUCAAGUGAGAUUGCGUCUUGUCUUGUUUCACAACUAAAUUGUGUUACUGUAACAAGAAAUCACAACAACAGAUCUGUUUUAUGAAAAGUUGAUUCUGGUUUAUUGUUUUUAGUGUUUGUCUUCUUUCCAAGCCUUAUUAAUUGGUGUCUUAUUUAAUUGUGAUUGAUCCAAAAGUAUUUUCUCCUCUGCUUUCUGAUAACACUUUUAUUUAAACAUGGCUGAAGCCCAUCAAGCUGUGGCUUUCAGUUUUCAAAUAACUCAUGAAGGUGUUCAUAUUAAUUAUGAUACAGAAAUUCUUAAUAUUGUUUGGACUAGUGGAGUACGAUCUUACCGUAAAAGGUUCACUCGUUCAUUGAAUAACAUCAAAAAUGGUGUCUUCCCAUCAUCACUUGAGUUUUUAGCUGCUAUUCUCGUACUGGUAACAGCAUGUCAUUUUGUAUUUGAAAUCGACCCAAGCUUUGGUUUCAUCAGCUUUGCCAGCUCUCACUUUCCUAUUACGUCAAUUGUGAAACUUUUCGAUUUGGCUGAUUCUGCUCGUAGUAUCAUAGCAUGUUUCAUUUACGGGAUUUGUGUUUGGGUUGCAAAAGCAAUGGUUAUGAAGUAUACUCUCAGAUGUCUACUUAUUUAUAAAGGAUGGAUGUAUGAAUCUCAUGGAUCGGGUCCAUCUCUUUUAUCUCAAAUAUGGGUUUUCUUUAUGAAAAUGCUGACGAUAAAAAAGCCAUUAUUAUAUUCCUACCAAGGAGCUUUACCUAGACUACCUUUGCCCUCUGUUAGCGAUACUAUUGAUAGAUACCUCAUGUCCAUCCGAGCUUUAUGUGAAAACGAAGAAGAUUACCAAAGAAAAACUAAAUUAGCUCAUGAAUUCCGUGAUGGUGUUGCCAAACGAUUACAAAAAUAUCUUAUCUUCAAAUCUUGGUGGGCUAGUAAUUAUGUAUCUGAUUGGUGGGAAGAAUAUGUCUACCUUAGAAGCAGAUCACCUCUUAUGAUUAAUUCAAACUUUUAUGGUAUUGAUACAUUAUUUGUGGUUCCAACUUCAAGUCAAACAUCACGAGCUGCAAACCUUGUUUAUUCUUGUCUCAUUUUCCGCAGGCUCAUCGAUCGUCAAGAAUUAAAGCCAAUCAUGAUUCAAGGUUUAGUUCCUCUGUGUUCAUGGCAAUAUGAAAGAUUAUUCAACACUACACGGAUCCCUGGUAUUGAGACUGAUAAGUUGGUUCACUAUUCAGAUUCACAACACAUUGUUGUUCUGUGUAAGAACAAAUAUUAUAAAGUUAAUAUCUAUUUUAAAGGACGUUUACUUUUACCUCGAGAGAUUGAAAGUAUUCUCGAUAAGAUUGUUGCUGAUGAGAGCCAAGCUUUAAGAGGUGAAGAACACCUUAGUGUUGUCACUGCUGUUGAUCGAGUUUCCUGGUCUCAAACUCGAGAACGAUAUUUUUCAAGAGGUAUCAACAAAACUUCACUUGAUGCAAUAGAAAAGUCUGCCUUUGUCCUCGUUUUGGACGAUGUAGAUUUUGAAUUUGAUGAAAAAGAUCCAACAAAACUGGACAACUAUGGUCAAACAUUACUUCAUGGAAGUGGUUAUGACAGAUGGUACGAUAAGUCUUUCGACUUAAUUGUUGGACGAAACGGCCGUGCAGGUUUUAAUGCUGAACAUUCCUGGGCAGAUGCUCCUAUCAUGGCUCAUCUUUGGGAAUUUAUUUUAGCCUAUGAUUUCGCCAAUCUAGGGUACGAUGAAAAUGGUCGUUGUAGAGUUGGAAAUGGAUUUCAGCCUCCGGCAGCGACUCGUUUAAAAUGGGAAUUUCCUGAGGAAUUAUGUCAAACUAUUGAUAAAUACGUUAUCAUGGCUCAAGAGUUGGUUGUUGAUGUUGAUUUGAAAUUGAUAAUGUUUCAAGAAUAUGGUAAAGGAUUUAUGAAAAAAAAUAGAGUUUCACCUGAUGCUUACAUCCAAAUGGCAUUACAAUUAGCUUAUUUCAGGGAUUCAGGAAAGUUCUCACUCACAUAUGAAGCUUCAAUGACCAGAUUAUUCCGUGAAGGUAGAACUGAAACUGUAAGACCAGUAACUAUAGAAUCCGCUGCAUGGGUUCAAUCAAUGCAUGAUCAGACCAAAACUAAAGAGGAAAGGAUCGCUCUACUCAAGCAUGCAUGCAAUAAACACCAAGUUGGCUAUCAAAAUGCUAUGUGUGGCAAAGGAAUUGACAGACAUCUAUUUUGUUUGUAUGUUAUUAGUAAAUAUCUGGAAAUUGAUUCACCAUUUCUUAAAGAAGUUUUAUCUGAACCAUGGAAACUCUCUACAAGUCAAACCCCACAUGGUCAAGCUGGUCUUUUAGAUCUUAAAAAGUAUCCUAAGCAUGUAUCUGCUGGAGGUGGUUUCGGUCCAGUUGCUGAUGAUGGUUAUGGUGUUAGUUACAUUAUUGCUGGUGAAGAUAAGAUCUUUUUCCAUAUUAGUUCGAAGAAGAGCUCAAAUGCCACAGAUUCACUGAGAUUUGCGAAAAACAUCAUGCGUUCUUUGAACGACAUGAGAGAACUCCUAACAGUUGCAAGUUAGCCCUUUUUCAGACUUGAACUUCAUUAAUUUAAAUCAACACUUUCAUACCAUUCAAACGUGAACAAAAGAUCAAGAUCAAUAUAAAGGUGGGGACAAUGGAAGGUUCAAUAUACGCCACUUAAUUUUCAGUAAUCAAUUAUUUUGGAGACUACAUUACAAGAAAAAUAAGAGCUGUAAUUGGUUCCUCAGUCCUUCUGUUAUCUACAAUUCGGAACAAUUUUAAAAGUACGAACAAACAGUGCCUUUAUUGAUAUUUAUUGGAUCUUAGGCACCAAAAGUCACUUCUAUUUCAUCAAAUUGGUCAGAUUUUCCAUAUCAUUAUCUUUAUACAUUUAUAGAUACAAAUUGAUUUCAACACCCAAUAAUUUUACCUUUUUCCCAACAGUUAGAAAAAUGUUAUUCAAUUGCCAGUUAAUAAUUCAAAAAGGCAGCCUGUUUUCACCUUCUUGGAGAUUUUUGAAUGAUGAGUUUAAAGAUGAUUAUUUAUCGAUGGGACCAACUAAAAUUGAAGAAUAUGAUUUUCAAGUAAAAGCUUUUUUAUCAAUUAAGGUCAAAGUUUUCUUUUACUGAAAACAACUUUGAAGAAAGGGAACAACAGAAACUUUUACUGCCUGCUGAUGAAGUUCCUCACUUCGUAUUUUUACGUUGAACUAAGCUAUUAUCAAGUUUGUAUUACUUUUAAUUGAAAGGUCAGAUUUCUUUGAACUCGAUCGUCUUUUUACUUCGAUUGCGUUAUUUUGUGUAAUCUUUUUGUUUAGUGAUAAAAAAAAAUGUUUAUCAGUCUAUCAUAGAUAAUAUUUCCUCUAAUGACAAAAUUGAAUUGGUUUAAUUCAACAAGAACAAAAUGAAACUAACAAUUGUGAAUAUUUAUUGAUUGUUCAAAGAUUGUUACAAGAAGGUGAAAAGUUAAUGUAAAUAAAAGUAUAAAUAUUCAACAUUUAUCUCGAGCUUAAAAAGAGCCUUUUAUUUUAUAUUUUGUAUCCAUUUCCUCCCUUAUAAAUUGCUUAAAUAUAUUUGAUUAUAAAACAAUA